CCGCAGCAGUUUGCCCAACCGCCCGAGCCCAAGUCGACCAUUUACGAAGUUAUCAUACCGGACCGGCGGGGACGUACAAGAGGAGGACAUAUACAUUAUACCCGAUGAAGAGUUUACGGGUGGCUGAGAAAUGGACGGGCCAGCUGUUGGCAAGGAGGACUGCAAGACCCUGCUGCAUCCGACAGCAGCGCCAACAAUGCCAACAGCAGCAGCUCGUACGAGGCAUUGCCAGCACGAGGCAACUGUCGAGCGCGGCCGCCGCAGCAGACGAAGUUCUCUUUGAAGAUGAAUCGCUCAACCCUCUCCGCCAAGCACCCGAGGAGUCCUUCCCAUCACCCCUACCCAGCGCGGCUCACACCUCCGCCAAGCUGGCCGCACUACACGCCCGUCUAAGCCUCCCCGCGAAGCUCCCCGUGGAAACGCUGGCGAGGACGCUCGUCGACCCCUCCGCCGACGCGGCGAGAGACUUCAAUAACGCAUCCCUCGCCCUAGUAGGCUCCUCGCUUCUCUCCUUCCACGUCUCAGAGUGGAUCCUAUGCACCUACCCCCGCCUCCCCAUGGCCGUCCUUUUCGCCUCAAUGAACGCCUACGUCGGCCCCGCCACGCUCUCCAAGCUCGCCCAAGAAUGGGGUGUCGAGUCCGCCGCCGCCCCCGGGUCGGAAGUCGACCCGGGACUCCUCCAGUUCUCCAAGCUGAAACCGGGAAACCAGCUCCCGACCGCGACAUCGGGGCGUCCGAACGAUGACCAGAAUUACCGUCGCGGACUGAGCAGUCGUGUGGUCUACGACGACGAGUUCGGUGAUGUGGUCAGCAAGUUCUCCCUGGCUGGGGCGCAGACCUCGGAGGCGGCACAUGCGAACUUCGUGCGCGCUCUCGUGGGAGCAGUGUACAUUCACAAUGGUCGCGCAGCCGCAAAGGCGUUUAUCCGCGCACACGUCCUAUCGCGGCACCUCGCGAUCGAGAAGCUUUUCGUGUUCGAGACGGCGACGCGGGAUCUGUCGCGGCUGUGUGCGCGCGAGGACUUUGAGUUCCCCGUCGCCAGGCUGCUGAGCGAGACAGGACGGAACAGCAGACAUCCGGUGUAUGUGGUUGGGAUUUUUAGCGGGAAGGAUAAGCUUGGUGAGGCGGCGGGUGCGAGUCUGGGGGAAGCGAAGACGAGGGCCGCGAUUGCGGCGUUGAAGGCGUGGUAUAUGUAUUCCCCGGUUGCGGGACAGGGGACGAGCGCGCCGGUGCCGAGUGAUGUGGAGGAGGGGGGGAGGUGGGAGGGGGCGCAUAUUGAUAUGGGUGAGAUUGUGGCUUGUUAG